AAACAUUGUUGAGAUUGAUUUGGCCCAGUACAUUUUCGGUCUACUGGAAGUGAUUAGUUUUCGAAUGCAGCUUGCACAGGGAACAGCAGUAUUUUUUUUCUUUCUGUUGAAUAUAAUUUAUAACGACACAGUAUUAGGGACCUAUAUAUGCAUUGCUUAUAGUUAUGAGUCAAAUGAUUCGAUUCAUCAUUUUGACUGUCUUUGUGACAAUCAUCUCAAAAAACACUGCAGAUGGAUUCAUAACUUUUUCCCUGAAUUUGAAUAAACUUUGGUCGCACAAGAAAACAUCGAAAAUUGACUUAUUCAAAGCGCCACAAGCAUCCAAGCCAAUUCCACAACGGUUGAAAACCUACGAUGGACCAGAACGUGAUAGGGUGUGCAAUGCAACGGAAACACCUCGAGUAUGUUAUUUUUCAUGGAUUGCAGAAAACUAUGCAGCGAUGGGAUCAGCAUGCAAGGACUGCCGCUGGGGAAACCACACCGAUUGUUUCCACCCGCAAUGUAUCACCGCCGACGGAAUGGAACGCCCGGUGGUAUCGUUGAAUCGCCAAAUGCCCGGCCCACCCGUCAUCGUUUGCCGUAAUGACAUAAUUAUGAUAGAUCUGCUGAACCACAUGGAGGGAUCAUCGACGGCCCUGCACUGGCACGGAAUGCACCAGAUGCAAACUCCUUGGAUGGACGGCGUACCAAUGGUGACGCAAUGCCCGAUUCCCGCCGGGAACACCUUCCGCUACAUGUUCAACGCCAGCGAGCACGGUACGCAAUUCUACCAUUCGCAUGCCGGCCAUCAGAAGGCGAACGGCCACUUUGGACUGCUGGUGGUGCGUCAUCCGGUGGAUUUGAAUGCGAAUCUGUACGAUUAUGACUUGUCCGAGCAUCACAUCAUCAUCGCCGAUUGGACGCUGGAUAUGGCGGAGAAGUUCGUGCCGGGACUGCAAAGUCACACCAUCCAGAUGGAUUCGAUUCUGAUCAACGGACGGGGACGGCACUUUGACGAACAAGAACAAGAGCUUCAGCAAUCGCCUCUGACGGUCUAUCGAGUCCAGCAGGGGAAGCGCUACCGAUUUCGGAUGAUCAGCAGUGGCAGUCAAUUCUGUCCCUUCCAACUGCAGAUCGAAUCCCACCGGAUGCAAAUCAUUUCCACCGACGGUGGCGCCGUCCAGCCGGUUACCGUGGAUACGGUCAUUUCGACAUCGGGCGAACGGUACGACUUUGUCCUGCACGCCGACCAAAAACCAGGAGACUAUUGGGUGCGGGUACGAGCGGUGGGUUUUUGCAACAUCCAGAGAAAGGAAGAGUUUGCCAUUCUGUCCUACCGGUCCCAAAGCGAAAUCAGUGACGAAGAGUUGGCUUUUCCGCAGCAGGUGCCACCCAGUUGGGAUGAACCUUUUCCCGACGGAAUGAUGCUGAACCACCCAAACAGCACUUGCUACCAACCGGGCGAUCAGUUUGUCUGCGCUUCCGACCUGGAAGCUCACGAAGCGCAACGUGACGAUGCUCUAAUUAAUGCAGUUCCCGACAAAAAGUUCUACGUCGCUUUCAACACAUUUACUGCCGACACCAGUUUGCUGUUUUCCGACGACGGAUACGUCCGCUAUAUGACUGUCGCCCUAACGCUCAACAACAUUGGCAUCACGAACAACAUCAGCAUGGUGUACCCGCCAUUUCCACCGCUGACCCAGCCGGAUCUGCUGCCCACCAUGGAAGAUGCAUUCUGCAACAUCAGCCACCGUCCGGCCCACUGCCCGAUGGACCGCGCCUGCUUCUGCGUGCACCGUCUGAAGGUGGACCUCAACGACAUAGUGGAAAUGUCGCUAAUUGACGACGCCGAAGUGAUCAGAGAACUCUAUCACCCGUUCCAUCUGCACGGGCACCGCUUCAUCGUCACCGGGAUGGGUCAACUGCCCGGCCGGAUAAAACAUUCAUCCGAAAAGCUACGGUGGAUCAAAGAUGAGGAACUUAAACCGGUCGCCGAGCGGACACGUGGAAUGCCCGACGGACACAACCCACCCUACAAGGACACCGUGUCCAUCCCGAGCCGGGGCUACACGAAAAUACGCUUCCGAGCGGACAAUCCAGGAUUCUGGCUGGUGCACUGUCAUUUUGAGUGGCAUUUGGGCAUCGGAAUGAGCUUCAUUCUGCAGGUUGGCGAAAUCGACCAGAUGGUAAAGGCUCCAGCGGGCUUUCCCACCUGUGGCCACUACAAACCGGAAGUCGAAAGCAUUUUCUCGUUGAGGGCAGCGAACACAGAUUGACCAUCAUCAAAUGGUUUUCGAGAGCCAUCCGCCAUAUGACGGGAAGAGGUGAUUGUAGCAGAUUAGAAUCAGGAUUGCUGGGUCAUAAUAUUAGAUCUAUUGAUUAGGUAUCUGGACAGUGACUUAAAAUAAACGGACGUAAAAUAUUUCUA